AUGUCGAGACGCUACGAUAGCCGAACGACCAUCUUCUCCCCCGAAGGCCGUCUCUACCAAGUCGAAUAUGCACUCGAAGCCAUCUCACACGCCGGCACAGCCCUCGGCAUCCUCGCCACCGAUGGAAUUGUGCUGGCGGCAGAGCGAAAGGUGACGAGCAAGCUGCUGGAGCAAGACACCAGCGCCGAGAAGCUGUACAUCCUAAAUGACAACAUGAUCUGCGCAGUCGCAGGCAUGACGGCGGAUGCCAACAUCCUCAUCAACUACGCCCGUCAAGCCGCCCAACGCUACCUGCUCACCUACAACGCCGACAUCCCCUGCGAGCAGCUUGUGCGCCGCCUGUGCGACCUCAAGCAAGGCUACACCCAACACGGUGGUCUGCGGCCCUUUGGUGUCAGCUUCAUCUACGCCGGCUGGGACAACCAACGCCAAUUCCAACUCUACCAAUCCAACCCCUCCGGCAACUACGGCGGGUGGAAGGCGACGAGCGUGGGCGCCAACAAUGCCAGCGCCCAGAGCUUGCUGAAGCAAGACUACAACGAAGAGUGUGAUUUGAAGCAGGCGUGUGAGUUGGCGGUGAAGGUGUUGAGCAAGACGAUGGACUCUACCAAGCUGUCUAGCGAGAAGAUUGAGUUUGCAACGGUGGGCAGGACGAAGAAGGGCACCAUCUUCCAUCACCUGUGGGACGCCGAGGAGAUCGACACACUGCUCCGGGAGCACGGCCUGGCCAAGAAGGAGGAGGAAGCGGCCGACACGUGA